GACAUAGAGUGUCUGAUGUCAGAGGGUAACAAGUCUCGUACAGUAGCAGCCACGAAUAUGAACGAGGAGAGCAGCAGGUCCCAUGCCGUCUUCAACAUCAUCCUCACACACACUCUAAUGCACCUGGGUUCUGGGACCAGUGGGGAGAAGGUCAGUAAGCUGAGUCUGGUGGAUCUGGCCGGCAGUGAGAGAGCUGCUAAGACUGGAGCUACUGGAGAGAGGAUGAAGGAAGGAAGCAACAUCAACAAGUCUCUAAGCACACUGGGCUUGGUGAUCUCAGCGCUGGCAGACCAAGGAGCAGGGAAGAACAAGACCAAGUUUGUUCCCUACAGAGACUCAGUUCUGACCUGGCUACUGAAG